AGAAAAUGGGUUUUUGUUUGGUUAUGGGUUCAAAAGCUGGAUUGAUUUAUUAUUAAUCAAGGUCAAAGGCACCACUACAUCACUGAAUAACCUGUUUUCACGCGAAGAGACUUUUACUUGAUUUUUAUUUUAAUUUUUAUAAUCCGUGUUCAGCAAAUGAAACAGGAAACCAAGAGGAAGAAACCCAAAAACAAGCUCAAGAACAAGGAGAAGAAGAAGAAGAAGAAGAAGAACAAGACCACUUGGAUUUUCUCUUUGACCAAACAAGAAGUAGUGGUUGCCAUGUUCUCCAAGUUCUGUUUCCUUUUUCUUCUUCUUUUGCUAUUUUCUGGUGCUUUUGAAGCGAUUGCAGGAGUAAAUGACCACAAGAAUAAUGUAAAUCGCAAUAUCUCAACUCUUGCGGGAAUCGAAUUGCUUGACCACAUGACGUUCAAUGCAGUUUCUUCUUCAACAAUAAAAACAGAUUGUAGCCUCUCCAGUUCAAGGAAAGACCAACCAACAAAAUCAAUAGCUGCCCUAGAAGAGCAAGAUGACGAUGAUGAUGAACUUGAUGGUGAUGAAGGAAAAGAUUCUAAGAAGACGGUGAAACUUGAGUUAAAGCACAGGUACAGGCCGAUGAAUCAAGAAUCUACCGCAGAAGAAUCUUUUAUCGCUUCCACCACUCGGGAUUUGAGCAGAAUUCAGACUCUACACAAAAGGAUUGUUGAGAAGAAGAAUCAAAAUGUCAUUUCAAGACUAAAAAAAGACAAGGAGCAGCAAAAGAAAGUGUUGAAGCAACCUGUGGUUGCCUCAGCAGCAUCUCCGGAAUCUUAUGCAACUGGGAUUUCCGGGCAGCUCAUGGCAACCUUGGAGUCAGGUGUCAGCCUUGGCUCUGGAGAAUACUUUAUGGAUGUUUUUAUUGGUACCCCUCCUAAACACUUUUCUUUGAUUCUUGAUACUGGCAGUGAUCUUAAUUGGAUUCAAUGCGUUCCCUGUCUUGAUUGUUUUGAGCAAAAUGGGCCUUAUUAUGAUCCUAAGGACUCCACUUCUUUUAGGAAUAUAAGUUGCCAAGAUCCUCGGUGCCAUUUGGUCUCAUCACCUGAUCCUCCCCAGCCUUGCAAGGCUGAGAAUCAGGCAUGUCCUUAUUUCUAUUGGUACGGUGAUAGUUCAAAUACAACUGGUGAUUUUGCACUAGAAACCUUUACGGUUAACCUUACAUCGCCUGCUGGGAAGUCAGAAUUUAAGCAAGUAGAGAAUGUGAUGUUCGGUUGUGGUCAUUGGAAUAGGGGCCUUUUUCAUGGGGCUGCAGGCUUAUUAGGACUUGGCAGAGGGCCUCUUUCCUUUGCCUCCCAGCUUCAGUCUCUAUAUGGUCAUUCCUUUUCGUAUUGCCUUGUUGAUAGAAACAGUGACACUAAUGUUAGCAGCAAAUUGAUCUUUGGCGAGGAUAAGGACCUCUUAAGUCAUCCUGACUUGAAUUUCACUUCUUUGGUUGCUGGGAAGGAAAACCCAGUUGAUACAUUUUAUUAUGUUGAAAUAAAAUCGAUCAUGGUUGGAGGAGAGGUGCUAAACAUACCUGAGAAGACUUGGAUUGUGUCCUCUGAUGGUGCUGGUGGUACGAUUGUGGAUUCUGGUACUACACUCAGCUAUUUUGCAGAACCAGCUUACCAGAUUAUAAAGGAUGCAUUUGUGAAGAAGGUUAAAGGCUAUCCAAAGAUGAAAGAUUUCCCAGUUCUGGAUCCUUGUUAUAAUGUCUCUGGGGUUGAGAAGAUGGAGCUGCCUGAAUUUGGAAUCCUAUUUGCAGAUGGAGCAGUAUGGAAUUUCCCAGUUGAAAACUACUUUAUUCGUUUUGAACCUGAGGAAGUUGUUUGCUUGGCAAUUCUGGGGACUCCUCAAUCUGCUCUUUCCAUUAUAGGAAACUAUCAGCAGCAGAAUUUCCACAUCAUGUAUGAUACAAACAAGUCUAGGCUGGGAUAUGCACCAAUGAACUGUGCUGAUGUGUAACAUUUCUCUAGGAUUGAAAUGGUAAGGGAAGAAGCAGUACAAAUUGGUGUUUCUGGAAGGCAAUUUUUGGUUUUAUUUUCAAAAUAGUUCUAGCACACAGAAAGUUAGAUUCAUUUUUUUCCUUCCUUUUUUUUUUUUUUUGAGAUUCACCUAAUUAUACUCAUAAACAUGACAAUAAUCUAUCUCACAAAGUGUAUCAAAUCCAGUUAUAUGCACUUUUUAAUUACUAUUAUUUAAUGUUAUUCAUGAAGCUGAGCAAUAACAAGCUCAUUCUUGUUAA